AUGCGACGGGUAGUGCGGAUAUUACUUGUUGGGGACGACGGUGUUGGAAAGAGUACGCUCAUAACGUCGCUCAUCAAGGAGACUUUCGUCCCCGAUAUUCAACACGUCGUCCCUGAAGUCACAAUUCCACCAGAAGUUACACCGGAAAACGUUGUUACACAUAUUGUCGAUUCUUCAGCUCGUGCAGAAUAUCGUGAGCAAUUGGAAACCGAAAUUAGGAAGGCACAUGUAAUAUGCAUCGUCUAUUCCGUAGACGAUCAACAUACAUUUAACCGCCUAGCUUCAUAUUGGCUGCCGUAUAUCAGGGGUCUUGGGGUGAAUGUGAGCAAAAGAGGGGAAAAACCAAAAAAAGUCCCCGUUGUGUUGGUAGGGAACAAGAUCGACCUUCGAGGGGACCAGGUCACCAAUCAGUCAUUGGAAGAUGAAAUAAUACCCAUAAUGAAUGAGUUUAAGGAAGUAGAGACUUGCGUGGAAUGUUCGGCGAAACAACCGUUGAAUGUGUCCGAAGUAUUCUAUUUUGCACAAAAAGCCGUACUUCAUCCCACGGCGCCCUUGUACGAUUCAAGGGAUCACGUUUUGAAGCCGGCUUGCAUCGACGCCCUUAAGCGAAUUUUUAAUUUAUGUGAUACUGACAAGGAUGCAGUGCUGAAUGAUGAUGAACUGAAUGAAUUUCAGCGGAAAUGUUUUAACGCUCCAUUACAACAACAAGAACUUGAAGGAGUCAAGGAGGUUGUAAAGGAGCACGAGCCUGCUGGUGUUAACGAAGUAGGAUUGACGGAACUUGGUUUUCUAUUUCUUCACACACUAUUCAUACAAAGGGGUCGCUUAGAAACCACGUGGACAGUUCUACGUAAAUUUGGAUAUGGCGACGAUCUAUCACUACGAGAAGAUUUUCUUUUCCCUCCGUUUGACGUGCCCCAUGACUGCUCUGUAGAAUUAAGUCCCAAUGGAUAUCAAUUCUUCACCGACAUAUUUCAAGUUUUUGAUAAGGAUAAAGAUGGCGCACUGAAAGACAGCGAAUUGGAACAGUUGUUCAGCACGACGCCAUCUAAUCCAUGGACAAACUCCGAGUUUCCACAUACAACGAUUACGAAUGAAGCCGAUGCGGUAACGUUGCAAGGGUGGUUGGCACAAUGGAGGCAUGUGCGAGAAUGCGUUCGUUUCAGAUGCGACGUGACGACACUGUCGUAUCUAGCCUAUCUGGGAUUCGAGGGCGAUACCACGACGGCGUUAAAAAGGACAAAACCUAGGAAGGUGGACAGGAAACGAAAUAAAGUUCAAAGAAAUGUGUUUCUGGCCUAUGUUUUUGGAGCGGCAGGAUCUGGUAAGUCAUCAUUGUUAAGGGCAUUUGUGAACAAACCUUUCACAGAUGGAUAUACACCGACCUCAAGGUCGUUUAGUGUGGUAAACUCUGUCGAGAUAAAAGGCGCAGAAAAGUAUUUGGUGCUUCAGGAAUUUGGUUCGAAAUAUGAGGCCGAGAUACUUCAAAACAAGCGUAAAUUGGAAGCGUGCGAUUUGAUUUGUUUUGUAUACGAUUCGAGUGACACAAACUCAUUUUCUUACAUUGUCGAACUUCGGAAACGUCACAAUUUAGACAAUUUUCCUACUGUAUUUGUUGCUACAAAGAGUGAUCUAGACUUGGUGCAGCAGCGACACGAAGUUCAACCGGAUGUAUAUUGUCGCAAUCUUGGUCUCGCUGUUCCCUUGAGCGUUUCCGUGAAGAACCAACAAACCGCCGAUCUGUGGAAUUUAUUGACAGGAGUUUCGAUAAAUCCUGCUAUGGCAACUCCUGGACUGGCAGAUUCUGUACACGGUGCGUCCAGGAUCAAGAGAUACCUGACAUUCACAGCGGUCAUGGGUGCAAUAAUGGGUGCUGCUUUCAUGGGGUAUCGGUUAUUCCAGCAACAACGAGGAUUCGGAAGUAUAACAAAGCGAGAAAUACUAUAG